AUGCCCGACGGCCGCGAUAUUCGCACGCUCAAGUACACUGCCUUCGAGCUAACGUACGACUGCAAGGAGCGCACAGCGCUGCGUUGGUUCUAUGCCAUGGGCGAAGACGUUGGCAAUGAGAAGCGCCCGUCGUCGUUCUAUUACGACCCCAACAUGCCGGAAGGCUGCUUGCAGCAAAAGUCGGUCAAGGCAUACUCGAACGGCUACGAUCGCGGUCACUUGGUUGCUUCCAACCAUAUGGAUACGAACCCCGCCAUCGCCCGCGAGUCGCACUACAUGAACAACAUUGUGCCGCAAGUGUCGACGUUCAACCAGGGCAUUUGGGCUAAAACCGAGAUGGUCCAAGAGUGCUAUCGUGACAUCCGUCCCGUCACGACGUAUGGCGGCGUCAUCUACGAUGCUGACUCGGAGACGCAGUUCGUCGCGGGCUGGGGCAUCAAGACGCCGAGCUUCUUCUGGAAGGUGGUGCUCACGACGGACUCCAACGGCGCCGACAAGAUUAUCGCGUGGUACUUUCCCAACAAGGAAGGUCUCGGCAAGCUUGACGAGUACUUGGUGUCGGUCAACUUCAUUGAAUCCAAGCUCAACGACGACCUUGGCCCGAUUCCAGUCCCAGAUGCGCUCAAGAAAAACGUGGAGCCCGUGACGUGGCCUCUUCCCAACAAUUGCGAUCGCGGCCGCCGCUUGUUGUAAGCGCACUUGACGCUCGAUGCAGAGCCUUUUGGCGACACAAGACGACGUGUAUAGAUUCAAUACUGCUUGUAUUUGGUAAAGAAAAAUAGAGCAGUACACUACAUUCAACA